GCUUCAACAGUUAACUCUGUUAAAAAAAGAUAGCCACAUAAAUGAUGAUAAAAUGCCAAUUUGCUGGCUUAUCAGCGAGGAGGGCAAUCAUAAACCAAUUCGACUGCCUCACCUACACUCAGUUGUCCUGGGUCGAGGUCCAGAGACGACUAUUAAAGACAAAAAAUGCUCGCGGCAGCAAGUUGAAUUGAAAGCAGAAUGCAACAAAGGUUAUGUCAAAGUUAAACAGCUGGGCUCAAACCCGACCUCCAUAGACUCUGUGGUGGUGGGUAAGGACAGUGAGGUCAAAAUGAAGCCUGGACAGCAGCUUCAUAUUGUCAAUCAGCUCUACCCAUACACUAUACAGUUCAAGGAGGAUCUCACUGGGGAUCACGGUGGCACCAAAAGACCGCGAGAGUCGUCCUCAGAGGACAAAGCGAGCCGCAGAGAGGCCCCGAGUGUGAAAGUAGCCAAACAGGCAGAGAAGGUUUCUGUGUCAGAAAGCCACAGAGAAGGCACAAAAACCAGUGAAAGUUUUGGACAUUGGAGCCAAGGUCUGAAGACCUCAAUGCAAGACCCGAAGAUGCAGGUUUACAAGGAUGAUAAAGUAGUGGUAAUCAAAGAUAAAUACCCCAAAGCUCGCUAUCACUGGCUGGUCCUCCCCUGGCAGAGCAUUUCCAGCCUGAAGGCGUUACGUGACGAACACUGCGACCUGGUGAAACACAUGCAGCAAGUUGCUGACCAGAUGAUUCAGCAGUGCCCGCAUGCUAGCUCGCUGCAAUUCCGCACAGGGUACCAUGCUAUCCCCAGUAUGAGUCAUGUGCACCUGCAUGUGAUCAGCCAAGACUUUGACUCUCCUUGUUUAAAGAACAAAAAACACUGGAACUCAUUCACAACUGACUAUUUCAUGGAUUCUCAUGAUGUCAUUCAGAUGCUUGAAACAGAUGGAAGAGUCACUGUCAAAGAAGGAACCAGCGAGUUGUUGAAACUACCUCUCCGCUGCCACGUGUGUCGCAGAGAGCUCCCCACCAUACCAGCUCUGAAGGAACACCUCAAGUCUCACUUUCCCAGCUAAGAAAGUGACCUCAGAGGGAAUACAUGUGUCAGAUGUUUAUAUCACAGGAUUGUACUGUGAUGGGCAAUAUACUUGCAUGUAAAUUUUGAUUUAUAGUUUUGUUAAAUUUGUUUCAAAAAAAAAAAGACCAGAACAUAAUGUCCAACUGUAGCUUUAGCUGCAUUUCAACAUUUCAGUAGGUUAAGAUGUGUGUCACUUAUUUUGGACUUCAUCUUUUGUUUCUCUCUUAAUUUCUGAACUCAGAAAUCAGAAAACUGCAUCUAUUGUUCCCACAUUUUCAAAGAUGUUUAAUAUGCUGUAUUAAAAGUUUUCUAAGAA